AUGUCGAAAAAUAUCAAAACUCCAACAAAUCAAAAAGUUCUAACGAAUGUAGCUGUGGUGAGAAUGAAAAAAACUGGAAAACGAUUCGAAAUCGCUUGUUAUAAAAAUAAAGUGGUAAACUGGAGAAAUAAGACGUAAGAAUCUUGAAAUGUGGAAAAAUCUGAAACAAAAACAUUUAGAGAGAAAGAUAUCGAUGAAGUUCUUCAAACUCACAAUGUUUUCUCAAAUGUUUCAAAAGGACAACUUUCGAAAAAAGAAGAAUUGAUGGCAGCAUUUGGAACAGAUGAUCAAUUAGAAAUUUGUAAACUGGUAGGUAUAGAGAUUGAAAAUUUAGAAAGAAUGAAUGAAACUAGAGUCUAGUUACUAGUUACUAUUUAGACUGGUAAUAUUUUUAGAAAUUCUCUGAUGCAACUCACGUGUUUAAUUCUGCCUGAUUACAAUAUUUUUGAAAUUAGAAAUGACCACAAUUUUCAGUUUUCAAUAAUGAACGAAAGAUUUAAAAAUGUGUGUACACGUAAAAAUUUCAUGUUACGUUUUUUAAGGGGAAAUUUUUAGACAAGAUCAUCUCUUGUCACAUUUUCGUCAGCUUCUCUAUUAAUAUUUUUCAGAUUUUAGACAAAGGAGAUCUUCAAGUUUCGGACAAAGAAAGACAAGCAGCAUCUGAUCAAUCAUUAAAAGAAGUUUCACAAUUAAUAGCUUCGAUGGUUGUGAAUCCGGAAACAAAAAGACCAAUUCCUCCAUCUGUAAUCGAUAAAGCUCUUCAAGAAAUGCAUUUUUCAUUAAAACCAAAUCGAAGUUCGAAACAACAAGCACUUGAAGCAAUUCCAAAACUCAGCGAAAAUCUGAAAAUUGAACGAGCAAAAAUGCGAAUUCGAAUUUCGAUUCCAACAAAAGAAGCGAAACAAGUGCAUUCCAAGUUGAAAACUUCUUUCAGCGAAGUUGAAGUUGAUGAUUGGGCUGAAGGAGGACUAGAAUUGGUGAGUUUUUUAUUGAAGCUUGAGGCCGUGAAAAAAUUAUUAAAUUGCAGAUUGGACUCAUUGAGCCAGGAGCAUUUCGAACACUUGAUGAAAUUGUGAGAAAUGAAUCAAAAGGAAAUGGUCGACUCGAGAUCUUGAGUCUUAAAAACGUUGUUGAGGGUGAAAUUCAGAUAUCAUAA